UUUCCUUAGCACUUGGCGUCUCACAAACAUACUCACUUUCUCAUGCGCCAUGUGCAAAAUGACUUCAAUACCGUUUGCGCUACAGACGACUCACUUCAUGAUUUCGGGUAGUUACUUGCUAUUUAAUGUCAUUACAGGUUACACGAUCAGUUUAAGAAACGUGCCCACUUUAAUUAUUUCCCCGGUGCCGACAGACCAAUCAAAAAACGAUGCGUGGAGCAGUAACUCGCCCAGCCUCCGCUCGAUCUCAGAAUAGCAGCAGGGUGGGUUUGCCGGAGAAUGCCGUGUGUUUGGUUUACCUCUCCAUCCACGUGGAGCCUCCAGACUGACAAAUGCGAACUUCAUAAUUUCUAGUAUCUCGUUUUACCUUCUGAUUGGUCAGAUUCUAUGCCAAUCAAAUACGUUUGUCGUUGACUGGCUUAAAGUUUUAAAACAAACAUCUAUUUUGAAUGCGAUCGCUAGCUGUUAUAUCAGUAACAGCUGAUUGGCCGCCAAUACGGCAAUCUAACAUGCGAUUGGUCUUUACAUGUGUCAUUCAUCGUUUUCUCCGGGGUUUUUACUUACUGAACGGCUUCUUACUCGCUGAAUUAGACGUGGGCGUUGCGGCUGCUGGAAAGUCAGGGUAAUGCUCAUCUUGAAUUCAAAGGGGACAUUGGUAAAUACAACCUACCAGAAGUGCAUUAGUUAUUUUUAAAGGCCCGUUCGGAAAGAAAGGACUACUAUGGCACAAAGCUUUACGCAGGAGUAUCUACUGAUUCCCACCGUCACCAGAGCGUAUACGACAGCCUGCGUCUUAACCACUGCAGCCGUGCAGCUGGAAUUCAUCACCCCGUUUCAGCUGUAUUUCAAUCCGGACUUAAUUUUUAGAAAAUGUCAGAUGUGGCGCCUGAUAACCAGCUUCCUCUUUUUUGGACCUCUCGGAUUCAGUUUUUUGUUCAACAUGGUCUUUCUAUUUCGAUACUGUCGCAUGUUGGAGGAGGGCUCCUUCCGGGGCCGGACGGCAGACUUUGUCUUCAUGUUCUUGUUUGGGGGGGUCCUAAUGACAAUCUUUGGCCUGUUCUCCAACCUGUUCUUCCUAGGCCAAGCCUUCACCAUCAUGUUGGUGUACAUCUGGAGCCGCCGCAACCCCUACGUCCGCAUGAACUUCUUCGGCCUCCUCAACUUCCAGGCUCCCUUCCUGCCCUGGGUGCUCAUGGGAUUUUCCCUGUUGCUUGGCAACUCCAUUGUCAUUGACCUCCUUGGCAUCUGUGUGGGGCAUGUGUACUACUUCUUAGAAGAUAUAUUCCCAAACCAGCCUGGUGGCAGAAAGCUUCUCAUUACUCCUGGUCUCCUGUUAUCCAGUACAGAGUCAUGCUGACCUUUGAUACGAAUAAAAAGGAAAAUAAUAAGCAGCUUAGAAUAGAAGCAUUCAACUAAAUAUAACAUAAAAUGAAGACUAGGGCUGCACAAUAUCACAUAGCCAUAAGUGCGCAUGCGCAAUAAUCACCAGGGCUUUAGACAAUGGCUGUAAAAAUAAACUGGGAUGCCAGCUAUUCUGUACUAAAUGGGUAUUUACUUACUCUCGCAGUUUGAUAAGCAGAUUAGUAGUACGCCUGAAAUCAUUAAUAAGAGCCCAUAAGUUAGUAAUCACAUCAUAUUUGUCUGCACUGAUUUGUGUUUGUUGACACUCCAACACCAACACUCUAUUGCAGGAGUGUCAAACUCAAUCGCACAGAGGGCCAAAACUCAAAGCACACUUUAGGUCGCGGGCCGAACAGGAUAAACAUUUAUUGAACAGAUUAAAAUUAACGUUUUUUUGCACAUAAAUAUGAAUCGAAACAGACAGGAUACAAUAUUAUUCCAAAAUAAACUUAAACUUAAAAUAACUUUAAAUAUUUUGCUCUCCAUAAAAAUAUCUCCUGUAAAAAUGAUACAAAUUCAAAAUAUGAAUAUGCUGCAAAUAUAAAUAAAAAUUGUGCUUUUAAGUGGAAGUUAAAAUAAUAAUUAAUCAAAACAUUAAAUUUUCGUUGCUCUUACUCCAUUCUGUCAGAGCUGUAAUGUUGGCAUCUUGGCAACAAGUUCGUUUAUGUUUGGAGUAAGGUUCCAUGUUGUGGAGAUUCUCUCUCAGCCACAUUAGCUCCACAAACAAGGCACACAGGUUUACCGGCAAUGUCAGUAAACAUAUACUCAGUCUCCCACUGGUUUUGAAAGGCUCUGUUUUCAGAAUUAACUUUUCUCUUGGCCAUUGUUAGGGGCUAGCUUUGACUUGAAAUUAGGGUUGUAUACAUCAACAGACGCUUGAUUGAUCUGACGUAAUUGACGCGGGAAUGAUCGCAGGUAGACUGUCGUUAUCGGUGGUAAGGCAGCGGUUUUUUAUUUUGGGUAAAUUUUAUCUCCUUUUUUGGUUUAUAGAUGGCACAAUAUUAAGCUUAAAUAUUCCAAAUAAUUGUGAUCUGAUGUCGUGCAGCCUUAAUAAAUACCACAUGGUCUUUUAUGCGGCAUGUGUAAGGAAUGUCGGAUGUCACAUGUA